AUGACAAGCACCAUUCUCAAAACUCAGGGCUUCUUAGUUCUAUUCCUAAUGCUGAACUCUGCUUUCAUGGUCCUAGAAGCCCGUCCACUGAGUAUCUUGGAGACAAGAAAUUCAGCCACAAGGAGGGAUUUUGUGGACUUCUUUGAUUGGUUAUCUCUGGGAGCAAUAAAACAAUCUGGGCCAAGCCCUGGGCAGGGACACAAGUUCACCAACACUGAGACCCUUGGUGGGAUUAAGAACUCGGGUCCAAGUUCCGGAGGGGCGGGUCACAAAUUUACCAACACUGAAAUCCUUGGAGGGAUUAAGAACUCGGGUCCAAGUUCCGGAGGAGAGGGUCACAAAUUUACCAACACUAUGACCCUUGGUGGAAUUAAGGACGCAGGUCCAAGCCCUGGCCAAGGACACUAG